GGAUGUCAGUUUAGAGCAACUUUAUUAAGGAAUGAGGCUGUCCAGGUGAAUAUCCUCUAACCAGAUGCACUUCUUUUCUGAACAGAAAAUGUAGAAAUGACAUGGGACUUCUGGUUUUCUUUUCAUAUUUGCUGAUUCUACGGCAUGAAAUGUUUUUACAGCAUUAAGAACUAAUCUGCAUGCCUAUGCCAUGCAAACUUUCAUUUCAUAAAUAUUUGCUGUAUUAGUUGUAAAUUAAAGACUUUGACUUGGAAUGAUUAUUGGCUAUAACUAGGCAUGGUGCCUAUAUCAUAUGACUCUUUGUGGGCUAUUUUUUAAACAAGAUAUUGGCAUUCUGCCUCAGCAUUUUACAUUUUUCUUAAUUGCACAUGAUAAAAGAUCCUGUUCAAAAGAGAUUUGCAACCAAAUUAGUUUUAAUUUUUAUGGUACCAUAAUUAAACUGCCUAAUUCACCGUUCCGAGAUGAGCGGAUAAGCUCUGCCCCCUUAGAUACUGUUGCUAGGUGUAACAAGCAAUAGUCAAAAUGGCCACCGAGCAGACAAACAUGGUGUCAGAUUCCUUAGAGAACAUACCAGAAAAUAUCGCAGUUAAUUUCCUUCCGAAUAGUGAAUCUGUGUCAAAAAAAGGCUCUUCAAAAAGGACUGAACUAUUUUACGCAAGGUUAUAUUCACAAUGUGAAGAUUUCUGAGGGAAACGGAACAAUUUAUGGUGACGCACAAUGUUGGCGCUCGAUGAGGAAAACUGAAGAACCGCACAAACUCCAAAUCGAAAUCGGCGAUAAAAUGUUGUCCGAUUCAUUUUGUUCUUGUAAAGCCAGAUUACCAAAGAUAAGCCACCAAGACAUCAACAUCCUCAAAAACCUGAAAGGGAACCCAUUGGCCUAUAUUGCUUCAGUGGAUGUAGAUAUACCAUUAAGAAAAGUGCAACUUGGCUCAUAUCUAUCUUAUCAGACAAGAAACAUCAAAAGGACAGAGGAUUCAGUCCACGGAAUUGGGGCAACUCCAGAUAGAAAGUUGUGUGACAAUGGACAAACUGGAAUUGCAGAAAUCAAAUAUCCCUUCACAGCAAGAAACAUGAAAAUUUGGCAGCAUGUGAAGACAUUUCCAAUUUUUGUCUUGAAAACAAUAAUUGGGAAAUAAGAUUAAAAACAACCCAUGGCUAUUACGCUCAAAUUCAAGGACAGCUCAUGAUAACGGGAUGCGACUUCUGUGAAUUUAUUGUAUUUACACAAUUCAGAGGAUUAUGCCAGAUCAAGCUUACAUGACAGGACUUCUAUAAAAACUAUCCAGAUUUUCCAAAGACUUUGCAAAACCAUUUUUGUCUAAUACUUUAAACUUGAAAUAAACUUACACUGUU